AUGGAUUUAGCGAAUGCGGGCGAGGUUGGCAAGGCUCCGGUGGCUAAUCAAGUAGCUGAUGUUGUUUCUGCUAAAUCUAGCAAUACCCAAGAGAAUGAAUUGGGUUCAAAGUUGGGGACAGGAAGCAAAAGCAAUAGGGAUAUGACUGUGCCUGCUUGCCAAAAUCUCUACAAGAACUCCUUCACGUAUCACUGUCUCCAAUAUGAUAAGACUUUACCUUUUGAUGACGCAGUUGAAUUUCUAGAGCAAUGUGAAAGAGACAAGGCUCGGGUUCUGGUGCACUGCAUGUCAGGAAAAAAUAGGUCUCCAGCUAUUGUUAUAGCAUUCUUGAUGAAAUGUAAAGGUUGGAGACUUGCUCAGGGUUAUCAAUGGGUGAAAGAACGGAGGCCGUCUGUUGAGUUAACUGAAUGUAAGUAUAUCACACAUUAUCCUGAAUUUUCUGUCUUCUUUUCAAAUACGAAAAUUUUCUGCCAUUCAAUUCUCCCUAAAUUUGUGAAUAAUUCAGUCUAAUGCCCGUUCCUUGGUUUACAAGGUGCC